CUGUGGGGUUUGCAGGGCAACAGUCGCCCUGAAUUCAGAAAUUCACAGCGCAGGAAACGCUGCCGUUGACCACGCCGGAAGCACCUUUUUUCGAUUCUUUCUUACUUGUCGAACCGUCAACUCCUCGGUGGCCACAAAUAGCAAUUUUCUGCAAGUCCCAUCAACUCUGGUACAGUCUCUAUCGGUAAGGAGUCUCCAUAGAACGAACCACGAGACUGCAACCCUUCCAAAAUCACAUCCGUACUACCAAGCCCGCUCUCGAAAUCUCGGUAAGCAAAAUGGCCGCCGAAGACGACGACCACAUAGAGCAUAUUUGGAUCAUCACAGGGCCUGCUGGUUGUGGGAAGACCACGGUCGCUCAACAUCUGGCCAAGGAACUCUCCCUCCCAUAUAUAGAGGGCGACGAUUUUCAUCCCGUUGCCAACAAGCAGAAGAUGGCCUCAGGAAUUCCCCUCACAGACGCCGAUCGCUGGGACUGGUUGAUAACACUCAGAAACGAGGCUCUCAAGCAGCUGCAGCAUUCCAACGGUGUCAUUGUCACCUGUUCCGCCCUCAAGCACAAGUACCGGGAUGUGAUCAGAGUGGCCAACUAUGAGCAUCCAUCCGUGCAGGUCCAUUUCGUAUACCUCAAAGUCGACGAAUCCACCUUGCAAAAGCGUGUGGCUGCUCGAGUCGGCCACUACAUGAAGGAGGGAAUGGUCCACAGUCAAAUGGCGACACUGGAGGAGCCCGAGUUGGAUGAGGAGUGGGAUGUCCUGCCAGUGGAUGUAAGAGAUGAUAAAGAGACGGUGAAGAAGCAGGCUCUGGAAAUGGUACAAAGGAAACUGAAGGAAUACGAAGGCUUACAUCAAUAUCCCAACUGAGGUCGGAAUCAUUGACAUGUGGCAGAAUAUCAGGGUGGUGGCAUCGAGUUCAGCGUAGGCGCCAGGUGUUUGGCCUUUCGGGUGAGCUUGGAUGGAUACAUCGGCGUCCAACUCCCCAGGUUUUGGUAUUAGCGGGAUGGCGUUACCACUCACGAGCACUCCUCGACAGAUGGUUCAGAGUUUGCAUGUGUGUCUUGGGAUCAGACACCUUUUCGGGUAUACUUUCUUUAUAGUGACUUCGAUGGUCUCAGUGGCAAAUGAAGCAAUCAGUCUAGCCUCAGCUUACAAGUUGUUCCAGCAAAUAAACCAAUCC